CCAAUCAAAUCCUUCUUUUGUGGAAUUAAUCAACAAACUUCUAAAAACCAUGAUGCAUGCGAGGUAAUGGAAAGUUGGCAUCGAGGUAAAAAGAUAUACAGAAUCGAUAAUUAGUUUUUAAAAAUGAAUAUAAUAAUCGAUACAAAAGGACAGCUAGAUUUAAGGAACAAAAGUCAAUUAAUAGAAAGUGACGAUGACGAUCCAGAGAAAUUUGAUACUAGUGGAACAAGUCUUUUGGGGAUUAUUGCCAGAGACUUCUUAAAGCAGGCUGAGAAUAAGAAGAAUCAGAAGAUAAAGAAACUUUCUCACAAUGAUAUUGAUUUAGACGAGUUUGAGAGAGACAUGGGUUGGAAAAAUGAUAUAAACCAUGUGCCUGAAAAUAGUUUUAAUGUAACAAAAUUAACUAAUGAAAUAGCACCGAUUGAUAAGAUACUUAAAAAAAGCGUUAUACAACCUGGAUUGGAACAAUUGGAAAGCAUACCAUCGUUGAGAGAAAAUAAAAGACGUGCACGCACUAAGAAAAUUGAAGAACGAAACAAAACUAAAGGCAAAGAGUGGUAUAAUUUACCGGCUACUGAACAUACCGAUGAGAUUAAACACGAUCUCGAAGUUAUUCAAAUGAGAUCUGUAUUAGAUCCUAAACACUUUUACAAAAAGAAUGACUUGAAAGUUUUACCUAAAUAUUUCCAAAUCGGCAAAGUAAUAGAUUCUCCUAUAGAUUAUUAUUCUGAUCGUCUUACGAAGAAAGAACGAAAGAAUACCAUUGUGGAAGAACUUAUGGCGGAUGCCGAAUUUGCUAAAUACAAUAAACGCAAAUAUAAAGAAAUAAUUGAGGAAAAGAAUAAACGACAAUAUAAAGCAUAUAAACAUGCUAAACGAUUAAAGAAAGGAAACAAGAAGUAAUCUUGAUAAUGUAUCUAAAAAUUAUAUAUAUAUAUGGUUUUGUAUUUAUAUAGGAUUAUUGUUAUUUGAAAAAUCCCUUUAUUUCUCCGCAUUUACGGAAGAUAUCAAAAUUAUUUUCAAAAUACAAAAUAUAUGUCGAUUAAGUAUAA